AGGAAGGACUGGUGCUACUUGAAGUGAGUCUGGGAGGAAGAGAACUGGUUGGAGACAGCAGUCCUACUUUUGCAUGAAACAUGGCAACAGACCUCGAACUCAAUGCUUCCGCCUGGCCCCGGCCCCUCAUGAACGCCACCUGUGAGCCAGUGGAGGCAGGGGCGUGGCAGCAUGGCCUCCUUCAGCUGGUUCUGGUCACCGCCGUAACCAUCUUGCUGAGCGGCGUCACCGUGCUGGGAAACUUCCUGGUCCUGCUGUCAGUCAAGGUGAAUCGUCGCCUGCGGACCGUCAACAACUACUUCCUGCUGAGCCUGGCCGUGGCCGACCUGCUGGUGGGCGCGGUCUCCAUGAACGUGUAUGUGCUGUAUGCGGUGUGCGGCUACUGGCCACUAGGGGCCGUCCUGUGUGACCUGUGGCUGGUGGUGGACUACGGCGUGAGCGCGGCGGCCGUGCUGAACCUGCUCGUCAUCAGCCUGGAUCGCUUCUUCUGUCUGACCCGUCCACUCAGCUACCCGUCUAGGCGGACAGGUAAGAUGGCCGCCUUGAUGAUCGCAGCCGCUUGGCUGCUGUCUUUUGCCCUGUGGACGCCCGCCAUCAUGUGCUGGCAGACAUCUGGCGGCGAGCGCCUUGUCCCGGAGGACGAGUGUUACCCGCGUCUGCUCGCCAGUCCGGUCGUGACCCUCGGGACUGCCCUGCCUGCCUUCUUCCUGCCCGCCCUCGCCAUGGUGGGCCUCUAUGGACACGUGUCUGCCGCCAGCUGCCGGCGCCUCAGUGCGCUCCGCCACCCACCAGCGGGUGACUCUGGGACGUCCAGCUCGUCCCCGCGGAACUUUCCCCCGAAACGCCGAGGCGAGCCCACAGGUGACCCCGUGUCACAGUCUCGGCACCAAUGGCGGUUUGGCGAUUUCAAACUCAGGAUGCAUCGGGCGGCAUCCACGGGAAGUGACAUGUCAGAAAGGACGGGCGUCUCGCCACGUCCGUCGGGCAAAGACGACGACUCGUCCUGCUCCCGAAAGCGCAGGUUGACCGGCUCCUCGACGCGACGCAGGAUCGUGGUCAGGGAGAGAAGAGUCACGUGGACUAUCCUCGCCAUCCUGCUGACCUUCAUCGUCACCCGUGUGCCGCACAACGCGAUGGCGCUGGUCGCUGCUUUCUGCCACGUGCGCAUCCCCCACUUUCUGUGGCAGGCGGGCCGCUGGAUGGCUUACCUCAACAGCGCCCUCGACCCCGCCUGCUACGCCCUCUGCAGCGCCACCUUCAGGACCACCUUCUGCAGCCUGCUGCGGUGCCGCCGCCACCGAGUACCAUGAUGGCGGCGGCGCCAUCCAAAGGACGUUGGUCACCAAGUUGACUGUUUAUCAUUCAAUGUGUGUGAACAAGGGCUUCACGGUGGCAGAGGGGUUAGUGCGUCCGCCUCACAAUACAAAGGUCCUGCAGUCCUGUGUUCAAAUCCAGGCUCGGGAUCUUUCUGUGUGGAGUUUGCAUGUUCUCCCCGUGAAUGCGUGGGUUCCCUCCGGGUUCUCCGGCUUCCUCCCACUUCCAAAGACAUGCACCUGGGGAUAGAUUGAUUGGCAACACUAAAUUGGCCCUAGUGUGUGAAUGUUGUCUGUCUAUCUGUGUUGGCCCUGUGAUGAGGUGGCGACUUGUCAAGGGUGUACCCCGCCUUCCGCCCGAUUGUAGCUGAGAUAGGCGCCAGCGCCCCCCGCGACCCCGAAAGGGAAUAAGCGGUAGAAAAUGGAUGGAUGGAUGGAUGUGUGUGAACAAGUGAAUUCAGCAUUAAAGUGUGUGUACAAGUUUAUUAGGUCCUAAUGUGUCCAUGUUAAUUAGUUCUUAACGUCUGAUCGAGUGAAUUAAGUUAAAGGCCUACUGAAAUGAGAUUUUCUUAUUUAAACGAGGAUAGCAGGUCCAUUCUAUGUGUCAUACUUGAUCAUUUCACGACAUUGCCAUAUUUUUGCUGAAAGGAUUUAGUAGAGAACAUCCAUGAUAAAGUUCGCAACUUUCGGUGCUAAAAGAAAAGCCCUGCCUCUACCGGAAGUCGCAGACGAUGACGUCACAAGUGUCGGGGCUCCUCACAUAUUCACAUUGAUUUUAAUGGGAGCCUCCAACAAAAAGUGCUAUUCGGACCGAGAAAACGACAAUUUCCCCAUUAAUUUGAGCGAGGAUGAAAGAUUCGUGUUUGAGGAUAUUGAUAGGGACGGACCAGAAAAAAAAAAAAAAAAGUACAAAAAAAAUACGCGAUUGCAUUGGGACAGAUUCCGAUGUUUUUAGACACAUUUAGUAGGAUAAUUCUGGGAAAUCCCUUAUCUUUCUAUUGUGUUGCUAGUGUUUUAGUGAGUUAAAUAGUACCUGAUAGUCGGAGGGGUGUGUCCAGGGGUGUCUUGACGCCAGUGUCUCAGUCGACGGCAGCUAUGGACGGCACAAGCUCAGCUUUUCUCCGGUAAGAAGCGACUUUUUAACCACAAUUUUCUCAGCGAAACCUGCUGGUUGACAUUCGGUUGUGAUUAAUGUUCGCUUGACCGCGCUCUGAUCCAUAGUAAAGUUUCACCUCCAGGAAUUUUAAACAAGGAAUCACCGUGUGUUUGUGUGGCUAAAGGCUAAGCUUUAGCCUUUAGCCACACAAACUUUAGCCGCUAAAGCUUCCCAACUCCAUCUUUCAACUUUGACUUCUCCAAUAUUAAUUGAACAAAUUACAAACGAUUCAGCAACACAGAUCUCCAAAAUACUGUGUAAUUACGCCGUUAAAGCAGACGACUUUCAGCUGUGUCUGUGUGCAGCGCUCAUACUUCCUAAAAACCUGUGACGUCUUGCGUACACGUCAUCAUUACACGACGUUUUCAAGACGAAACUCCCGGGAAAUUUAAAAUUGCAAUUUAGUAAACUAAAAAGGCCGUAUUGGCAUGUGUUGCAAUGUUAAUAUUUCAUCAUUGAUAUAUAAACUAUCAGACUGCGUGGUGGGUAGUAGUGGGUUUCAGUAGACCUUUAAAGUCUUAAUGUAUGAAUUAGUGAAUUAGGCUAAAAAGGUCAUAAUUUGUAAACAAAAAAGGCUUUCAUUGGUGAACAAGUGAAAUAAGUUAAUUAGGUCCUAACGUGAGGGCUUCACGGUGGCAGAGGGGUUAGUGCGUCUGCCUCACAAUACGAAGGUCCUGCAGUCCUGGGUUCAAAUCCAGGCUCGGGAUCUUUCUGUGUGGAGUUUGCAUGUUCUCUCCGUGAAUGCGUGGGUUCCCUCCGGGUACUCCGGCUUCCUCCCACUUCCAAAGACAUGCACCUGGGGAUAGGUUGAUUGGCAACACUAAAUUGGCCCUAGUGUGUGAAUGUGAGUGUGAAUGUUGUCUGUCUAUCUGUGUUGGCCCUGCGAUGAGGUGGCGACUUGUCCAGGGUGUACCCCGCCUUCCGCCCGAUUGUAGCUGAGAUAGGCGCCAGCGCCCCCCGCGACCCCGAAAGGGAAUAAGCGGUAGAAAAUGGAUGGAUGGAUGGGUCCUAACGUGUGAAGGAGUGAAUUAAAUUAAUGUAAAAAUCCUAAGUGUCUUAAUAUAAAAAGGCCUUCAUGUGUGAACAAUUGAAUUUAGUUGAAAAAAGUUCUUAAUGUGUGAAUUAAGUGGAAUAGGUUUUGUGAGUGUGUGAAUUGUGUGAAUUAUAUUUAUAUAGCGCUUUUCUCUAGUGACUCAAAGCGCUUUACACGGUGAAACCCAAUAUCUAAUUUACAUAUAAACCAGUGUGGGUGGCACUGGGAGCAGGUGGGUAAAGUGUCUUGCCCAAGGACACAACGGCAGUGACUGGGAUGGCAGAAGUGGGGAUCGAACCUGGAACCCUCAAAUUGCUGGUACGGCCACUGUACCAACCGAGCUAUGCCGCUUUUAGUGUGUGAAUAUGUUACUAAAGGCAGGUCUUAAUGUUUGUGAAUGAGUGAAUCAUGUGCUGCAGUGUUGGUUAAUGUGUGAACUAGUUCCAUGUGUAUUGAAGUGGAUGAACAAGUUACUUAGGUCCUAACUGAGAUUUGUGAACAAGUGAAUUGCUAUCAAAGUGUUUGUGUAAGUGAAUCCAGUCUCAAUGUGUAAAAAAUAAUGUGUUGAUUCUCGUGUGAACAAGUAAAUUGCAUGUUAAAAGGGCAUGUUAAUUGACUUAAUUAGGUUCUAACGUGUGAAUGAGAGAAUUAAUUUAAUGUAGUCCUAAUGUGUGAACAAGUGAAUUAGGUUAAUAAGUCAUAAUUUGUGAACAAAUUAAUUGAGUAAAAAGGCAUUUGUUUGUAAAAGGAUGAAUUUAAUUAAAAAGGCCUUAAUAUGUGAACAAGUGAAUUAGGUUGGGGGAAAAAAUCAUAAUUUGUGAACAAGUGAAUUAAGUUAAAAAUGCCUCAAUUUGCGAACAAGUGAAUUAGGUUGGAAAAAACAAAUCAUAAUUUGUGAACAAGUGAAUUAAGUUAAAAAUGUCUUAAUGUGUGAACAGGUGAAUUAGGUUGAAAAAAAUAUAUAUCAUAAUUUGUGAACACGUCAAUUAAGUUAAAAAGGUCUUAAUGUGUGAACAAGUGAAUUAGGUUGAAAAGGUCUUAAUGUGUGAUCAAGGGAAUUAAGUGAAUUUUGUCUUUAUGUGUGAACAAGUGAAUUAGUAGGUUCAUUAGGUCUUAAUUUGUGAACAGGUAAAUUAAGUUAAAAAAAAAAAUCCAAAGUGUAUUCAUCAAAAAAGGCCUCAAUGUGUGAACAAGUGAACAUGUUAUGUGUUAAAUGUAAUUAAAGAUAGGUCUUAAUGUUUGUUAAUGAGUGAAUCAUGUGCUGGACUGUUGGUUAAUGUGUGAAGUAGUUCAUUGUGUAUUGAAGUGGCUUUGUGUAGAAUGGUGCGUGAAUUACUUAAUACGUUACAAUGUGUGAACAAAUUAAUUUGGUCUUCAGGUUUGUCAAAAAGUGAAAUACCCGCUGAAGUGCUACGGCUUGCUUAAUUAAUUUUGUGAGUUUAGUGUGUGAACAAGUAUUCUACGUGUAAGUGUGUGAAGGAGUUAGUGUGCCUAUUAUUUGUGAACAAGUGAACUGUGGUAAGUCACUGUGGCUAACUGUGUGUGAAAGAGUAAAAUGAUUGUGAACAAAACAUGUGUAAGUUCAUGAGUGGCAAAUGUAUGAACAAGUAAAUUGUUUAUUAAUGAUGUGAUGAAUGACUGAAUAAAUGGCAUCCAUUUUUAA